UACAGAAAAGAAAAGAAGAAAAAAGUUGUUACCCUCCUCAACAAACAAAAAUGGGGAAAUGCCCUGCUUUGUUGAUAUACCUCUCUUCAUUUAUUCUUCUUGUCCUUCAAACACUCCAUGGUGUUAACGCAGUAAAGUGUUUCGGAAGCUCCUUCAACGGCAACGGCAGCUACGCUCAGAAUCGCCAGAAACUCUUCUCUACUCUUGCUGAUAAAGUCGUCACUAACGGCGGAUUCUACAACGCUUCACUCGGCCAAAUUCCCAACAGGGUUUACGCUCUUGCCAUCUGCGCAAGAGGCUACGACCAAGAAGCUUGUUUCAGUUGCGUCCAAUCAUUGGCUCAGGAUACACAAAAAGGAUGUCAACGCCGCAUGGACUCCUUCAUAUGGGGAGGCAAUGACGAUGUUUCUUGUCUAUUACGUUCCUCAAACCACUCAACUUUUGGGAUCCUCCAGCUUGGACCUUCUGUUAUAUGGCCAAAUCAAGAUCUUAUCGAGUCAUCUAAAAACAUGACCCUUUUCCAACAACAGUGGGAAGAAAUGGUUAAUCGGACCCUCGAGGCUACCACUAAAGCUGAAACUUCCUUGGUACUCAAGUACUACAGUGCCGAAAAAGCCGGGUUCACAGAGUUUCCAGAUGUUUACAUGCUGAUGCAAUGCACACCCGACAUAACUUCUCAAGACUGCAGAAAAUGUUUGGGAGAUUGCGUGAUGAAUUAUAGAAAAGAUUAUCUGGAAAGAAAAGGAGGCAUGGCUAGUCUUCCUAGCUGCUAUUUCAGGUGGGAUCUAUAUACUUACCACAGUGCUUUUGAUAAUGUAACAAGAAUUCCUGCGCCUCCUCGGCCUCCAACUCAUGCAAAGGAGAGCUGCAUAACAAAUAAAAAAGGAAGAAGUACAAUUGCAAUAUUUGUGGUUCUUACUUUCAUUAAUCUUUUGGUGUUUAUUGGCUUCGUUAAAGUCUUUGCAAGGAGGGGAAAAUAUAAAAGUGUUGGUGGUGCAGAGUACUCUGAUUCUGAUGGUCAAUUCAUGUUACGGUUUGAUCUUGGUAUGAUCUUAAAGGCAACCAAUGACUUCUCUUCUGAAAAUACUAUUGGACAAGGUGGAUUUGGUACUGUCUAUAAGGGGACAUUCCCAAACGGGCAAGAGGUAGCGGUCAAGAGAUUAGCAAAAGGUUCAGGACAAGGAGAUAUAGAGUUCAAGAAUGAGGUUUCACUCUUGACAAGACUCCAACAUAAGAAUCUGGUUAAGCUUCUUGGGUUCUGCAACGAGAGAGAUGAAGAGAUUCUUGUCUACGAGUUUGUCCCAAAUUCAAGCCUUGAUAACUUUAUCUUCGAUGAAGAGAAGCGUUCACUUCUUACAUGGGAGACGAGGUUCAGAAUUAUAGAAGGCAUUGCUCGAGGUCUUCUUUAUCUUCAUGAGGAUUCUCAGCUGAAGAUUAUUCACAGAGACUUGAAGGCGAGCAACAUACUUUUAGAUGCUGAGAUGAAUCCUAAAGUUGCAGAUUUUGGAACAGCGAGGUUGUUUGACACUGACGUGACUCGUGCUGAAACAAAACGAAUAGCUGGAACCCGUGGAUAUAUGGCUCCUGAGUACCUGAAUCACGGAGAAAUCUCAGCUAAAUCUGACGUUUAUAGCUUCGGUGUCAUGCUUCUAGAGAUGAUUAGUGGUGAAAGAAACAAGACCUCUAAAGGAGAAGGACUUGCAGCUUUUGCAUGGAAGAGAUGGGUUGACGGCAAGCCUGAGGUUAUAAUUGAUCCUUUCUUGAUAGAGAAUCCAAGAAACGAGAUCAUCAAGUUGAUCCAGAUUGGUUUGUUGUGCGUUCAAGAGAAUGCAGCAAAGAGACCAACCAUGAGCACGGUGAUCAUUUGGCUUGGCAGUGAUACUAUCAUCAUUCCUUUACCUAAUGCUCCUGCUUUCACUGGAAGUCAGUCCCAAUCAGAAAGUGGUACAACGUCAAUGAGUGGUGAUGUCUUUACGGAGUUGAGUUGUCGUUGAGUUAUAAAUCAUUUGAUCAUCAAAAUAUUGUUUUCGAAAGCAAACUUACAAAAAACCUUCUUCAGGGAACCUUUCAUUGUAUCAAUUUGGUGUUUAGAUAUUUUUGUCCUUUUGGCAAAUAGUAAAUUAAUGUACGGAUUCUCAUAAAUUUUUAGCUCUAAGCUCAAUAUGUUCAUUUUUUGCUCUGCUUCUCAUUUUGAAAACUAAAAUCUUGUUAGUAAUGAUAACUUACGUUACCAUAUUAUGCAUCUCUUUGACAAUAAUGGUACAUCAGUUCUUUACUUUUUAUCUAAACGCAUAAAUUGUUACAUUAAACAUAGAGACUAGAGUUGAAAUCAUAUGGGAUGGACCUCUCCCUGGAUAUGUAUAAGCCUAGGGACACAUAGUCUUCUACUCAUAAAAAAUGAGAAAGUGGAUACGCUAUAAAAUUUGUUAAUUCGAACACAACAAAACAGAUUACGAACAUAACAAUAAUUCAAAAUAAAUAUUACUUCUACGGUCACUUCAAGUGAAGAGUCUUGGUCUUUGAUUUGAUACUUUCACGCUUCUUUCUUCAAUAGUUAGGUAUAUUUAAUUCUUAUAAAUAAUGGAUUCUAAGAACUUUGUACUACUCUUCUUACUUGGCCACCGUUGCCAGUUACGACCAAAGACUAAUAAGAUUUCUAAUUUGCUACUUGACUUAUAAAUAAAAACUACAUUGCAACGUACUCGCUGGAGAUAAAAUCUUUCGCAAAUUGUUUGACAGUUGUGAGUACACAAGUCUCUCGCAAAAUGCGUUAGAUUUGCGAGGAACUUAUUCCCUUGCAACUUGCGUGGAAAUUGCGAGGAAAAUUUCCCUCAUAAAAUUUGUGAUGUUCUCCAAUUUGCAAGACGCGAUUUGCGAGGAAUCGGUGUGUCUUGCAAAUCUCUUACGAUUGUCGAUUUGCGAGGGAAUU